AUGAGCCACGAUAUCCCCAUGGAAGACUUCUCGUCACCGUCUGAUAGCAGUCUGUCCUGCUCGACAGCGCCCACGACUCCAAGCUCCAGUCCGCUCGUUCGGCCCUCGGAUGUCGACGAUCUAAAGCUGGGGUUGCCCCAGUCCAGACUCGGUGAAUCAGACCCGAGAGACGAGGCGGUCAAGAAUGUUUGUGUGGUGGGUGCAGGUUACGUCGGUGGUCCGACGGCGGCAGUGCUGGCCCUCUAUCACCCCUCCAUCACCGUAGAGGUGCUGGACAGGGAUCCGGCUCGUAUUCAGCGAUGGCAGUCGGCACACCUGCCGGUUCAUGAGCCCGGACUGGACACCGUCGUGCGCAUCGUGCGCGACGGCGCCGAGGUGGAGGAUGAAGCUCCCACCCGGGCGUCGUCGGCCGCGGCAACGCGUGCCCAGAACCUCUUCUUCACCCGAGACACCCGAGCCAUCGCACGAGCGGACAUCGUCUUCAUGGCCGUCAACACCCCGACCAAGAUGUUCGGCGUCGGCGCGGGUUGUGCUACCAACAUGACGGCCUUUGACGGGGCCAUGCGCGACGUCGCGACCCACGCCAAACCGGGCGCAAUCAUCGUGGAGAAGAGCACGGUGCCCGGAGGUACUGCAGAGCGUGUUCGAAGAAUGCUGGCAACCCUUCGCCCCGGAGUGCCCUUUGAGGUCCUGUCUAACCCUGAAUUCCUCGCCGAAGGCUCGGCCGUUCAGAACCUCACGAUCCCCGACCGUGUGCUGAUUGGAUCUUCUUCGACCCCCUCGGGACACCGGGCAGCUCAGACGCUGGCCAACCUCUACUCGGCCUGGGUUCCUCGGGCACGGAUCCUCGAGACCAACGCCUGGUCUUCAGAGCUUGCCAAACUCGUGGCCAACGCCAUGCUGGCGCAGCGCAUCAGCAGCAUCAACUCGAUCAGUGCCAUUUGCGAGAAAACCGGCGCCGAGGUCGACCAGGUGGCCAAAGCAAUCGGUCUGGAUGUACGGAUCGGACCCCAGUUCCUCAAGGCGGGACUGGGAUUCGGUGGCUCCUGCUUCCGCAAAGAUAUCGCCAAUCUAGCAUACAUGGCCGAAUCGCUCGGACUGGACGACGUGGCACAUUACUGGCGACAGGUUAACGUGAUGAACGAGCGACAGUGCGACCGAUUCUCGCGCAAAAUCGUCGAUCGCUUCGAGGGCAACCUGGUCGGGCGCAAACUAGCCAUGCUCGGGUUUGCCUUCAAGAAGAAUACGGGUGACACACGCGAAUCGUUGGCAGUAGACGUGAUCCGCGUGCUGCUGGAAGAGCGACCGGCGGAGAUCGCCAUUUUCGACCCUUACUGCCGCCAAGAAGAUAUCCUUCGAGAGCUGGAGCUGGUCUGCCCUGGCAUCGCCGAGGGUGGAACCGUGAAGAUUCACACAGACCCGUACAUGGCCUGCUCUCAGGCUCACGCCGUUCUCGUGGUGACCGACUGCGACCAAUUCCGCAAUACUCCACGGAAACAAUCACCACCCGCUGCUUCGCCUGUAGAGAAAGGUCUGGCUCGAAGCAUCGCUGACGACUGCCAUGAGAACGUCAAGCGUGCGUGCGCUCGCCAGGAACGCGAGACGUGGACGCACGCGGGCGUGUCCUAUCAACUGACGCCGCAGAGCUGUGGCUCCGACUGCGCAGAUUGUCGCUCGAUUUCAAGACCAACCACGGAGGCAGUCGAGUGGACGCGCAUCGCGUACAACAUGGUUGAGCCCAAGUGGGUGUUUGACGGACGAGGACUGUUGGACGCGGCGGAGUUGGCUAAUUUGGGCGUUCGGGUGGAUGCGGUGGGAAGGCGGAAUGCACUCGACGUUUUGGCCUAA